AUGGCCGGUGGCUCAGGGGGCAGGUCGCUGCAGGACACACCAACAUGGGCUGUUGCGACUGUGUGCGCAGCCUUUGUGAUCCUAUCUAUCCUCAUAGAACAUGGGAUUCAUUCUCUUGGAAAGUGGUUCCAGAAACGCCAGAACAAGGCCAUGAUUGAAGCCUUAGAGAAGAUUAAAGCAGAAUUGAUGCUAUUGGGUUUUUUAUCCCUUCUACUAACCGUGGGUACGACUUAUAUUGCUAAGAUAUGCAUUCCUGAAAAAGUUGGAAACACAUGGCUUCCUUGCAAAGAAGACGAGAAGAAGAAGGCCAACGAUGAUAACAAAGGCGGUGAUCACCGCAGAAAACUACUUUCCCACGCUCAAGACAUGAUAUGGCAUCGAGUUUUGGCGGCAGCAGCAGCCGCCGAAGAAAAGGAUUUUUGCCUCGGAAAGGGGAAAGUAUCAUUAAUCUCACAAUCAGGGGUGCACCAGCUGCACAUAUUUAUAUUCGUACUUGCCGUUUUUCACGUUCUGUACAGCGUCAUCAUCAUGGUUCUGGGCCAGGCCAAAAUGAAGAAAUGGAAGGCUUGGGAGUUGGAAACGUCUUCAUUGGAAUAUCAAUUCACAAAUGAUCCUGCAAGAUUCAGGUUUGCCCAUCAAACAUCCUUUGUGAGGCGUCAUGCUGGAUUCUCCAAGAAACCUGGGAUCAGAUGGAUUGUAGCAUUCUUUCGGCAAUUUUUCGGUUCACUAUCAAAGGUCGAUUAUUUGGCAAUCCGCAAUGGAUUUAUCAAUGCGCAUUUUGCCCCAAAUAGCAAAUUUGACUUCCACAAGUACAUUAAAAGGUCCAUGGAAGAUGACUUCAAGGUGGUUUUGGGCAUAAGUAUCCCACUAUGGUUUGUUGCUGUCAUCUUUCUGCUUCUGAAUGUUUCCAGCUGGUAUAUACUCACCUGGAUCUCGAUAGUCCCACUCAUUACACUUGUACUGGUGGGUACCAAACUAGAACUUGUUAUCAUGGAGAUGGCACAACAAAUCGAGGAUCGAACCACUGUUGUUAGAGGAGCUCCAGUGGUAGAGCCAAGCAACAACUUUUUCUGGUUCAAUCGGCCCCAGUGGAUUCUCUACUUGAUCCAUUUCACACUGUUUCAGCACAGCCACAACCGGAUUAUUAUUUCUAAUAAUGGGUUGGUUCUAAUCGAAGAAUUUCGAUGGAUGCAGAUGGGAUCACACAUGAAGCAAGCAAUUUUCGAGGAGCAAAUGGCAAAGGCUCUUAAGAAAUGGCACAGAGCUGCCAGGGAGAGAAAGAAGCAGCGGGAAGCAGGUGAUGUUUCUAGUUCUGGGUUUGUGAGCGGGGAAAAUACACCUAGUCGAGGUACAUCACCCAUGUAUUUGCUCCACAAGUACCAGUCCAAUGCAGCAGAUCAAAAUCUAAGUGUUCCUAAUUCUCCAAGGGCUAAUCAAUCUGAUACGGAGUUCUCAGAAGUCGAUGUUUCUGUUCGUGGUGGGCAUGACGCAAGAAGACCUAAUGAUCAUCCAGUGCAAAAUGGAGAAUCUCAUACAGUUGAUUUUGCUUUUAUCAAAAAUUAG